UUUUAGUUUUCUGCCGACUGCUGGGAGCAACGGCAGCACAUUUCUUACUUUUUUGUUUUUUAAUUCUGUCGUCGGUCGUUACCGAAGAAAAAGACACUGUGAUUGUCAAAUUUACGGUAUUUUUUGGCAAAAUCAUAUCUACCGUCUUUUUGAGAAGGACUCUGUGAGUCUGACUUACAAUCUAACGGUUAAUUUUAAUAAAUUAUCCAAAUCGGUGAAAAAUACCAAAAUACCUACGAAUUUUGCAUUUUUAGUUAAAAUAGAAAUUUCGUGACGUCACAGUGUUGUAGUCUGGCAUCGAUUUAUCUGUAAAACAAAAUAAAACCUCAUCAAUCUCUACGCGGCGGUCUACCCCUCUGUCCGUCGACGCCGCCGCCGUCUCCGCUUGCCGACAACCACAACGACGACGACGACGUCUACCUUUGUCAUAUUCGUGUUUCCUUUUAUGGUUUAUAAAUGUUGUACAUAAGGCAGUCAGUAACCUCAUUUUAGAAUAACUCUAAAAAAAACAAAAACAAAAUAAGAGAAACAAAUCGUUAUUUUUGUUAAGUUAAAGUUUAAGGCGUUUUUUGCAAUAAAUGUAAAAUAAAAAUCUCGAAUUUAUUAAAGGUGCAUUUUACAUUUUAAUUUGUUUUUUGUUUUCUCAAUCUACGACAAUUUUUUAAUCGAGUGCUGCCCAUUUUACAUCUUCAUAAUCUUCACAGUGCUUUACUCUUUCUUUGUCGAUUAAGUGUUCUUUGUCUAGCUGCUGCAGAUUUUUAACGUUAAAAAGUGCAUCAAAAAUUAGAAAAGAAAUAAAAAGUACCUAAUAAAAAUUAUUCAAGAUGAAUCGGACGAAAAGAAAAAUUGUGAAACCCCCAAAUCCGGUGGUGAAGGCGAAUUUUCUAUCAAAGUGGAGUUUCUGGUGGAUGAAAGAUCUGUUUCGUCGUGGUCUUCAGGGGCCUCUCACCGAAGAAGAACUCUACGAGCAUAAAAACAGUCUCGACAGCGAACGUGUGACUGAGAUAUUCGCGCGUCUCUGGGAAGAAGAGAAACUGCGAAAGAAACCCAGCAUAGUCAAGCUGAUAUUUCGUGUCUAUGGAACGAAAUUCGUGCCUCUAGGUUUUUUCUACUCAAUUCUAGAAUCAGCAACCAAAGCACUCCAGCCAUUGUUUCUGGGAAACUUAGUAUCAUACUUCGUAGCUGAACAAACCGCUCUAACAGAACACGAUGCCUAUCUGUACGCUCUGGGCAUUGUCAUUUGUUCCUUAUUGCCAAUUAUGACAUUCCACCCAUUUAUAUUUUACAUCUUCCAAGUGGGCACAAAAGUUCGUCUGGCUCUGUCGGGGCUGGUGUAUCGGAAAUGCCUUAAGGUUUCGAAGAGUGCCUCAAAUGACGGACUACGAGGGCGGGCUAUAAAUAUCAUAUCAAAUGAUCUCGGACGCUUCGAUGUUGCUCUUUGCUUCCUGCACGAUCUGUGGAAGGGUCCAUUAGAGUCUCUACUGAUUGGUUACCUUAUGUACCGGGAGAUUGGCCUCUCAGCUGUGCUGGGUGUGUCUUUUAUGCUUAGUUUUAUUCCUCUGCAAGCUUGGGUCGCUAAGAAGGCUGCUUAUUACAGACGUUUGACUGCCGAGCGGACAGACGUCAGAGUGAAACUUAUGAAUGAGAUUAUCCAAGGAGUGCAGGUGAUUAAAAUGUACGCAUGGGAGAAGUCCUUCGCCAAGGUAAUAGCUCAGGUCCGGCUGAAAGAAGUUAAUGCUAUUCGUGGAACGUCUUACAUCUAUGCGGCUCUCAGUUGCACAACAAUGAUCUCAAAGCUUUCGGUGUUUUUGAGUAUAGUGUCGUAUGUGUAUAUGGGAGAUGCUAUCACAGCGAAAAGGGUCUUCACGGUCUCGUCCUACUUCAGCAUGCUAAAUGAGUCUAUGGUGCACUUUUGGCCUCUGGCCAUCACAUUCUGUGCCGAGGCAGUUGUAUCGGCUAAUCGUUGUAAGGAGUUCCUGCUCGAAGCUGAGGAUCUAGCUAAACCUAGAAAAACCAAAGAUGAAGCACGGCGACCCACAAUUGUGAUAGACAAGAAGAGUGAAAUCAACGGAAACGCUAUCGUUACUCCCGCAAGUCCCAUUAUCAUAAACAGAAAAUUCAACCCCAACGCCGAUAAGAAAUGUGUUGUCCUGAAGAAUGCUUAUGCGUCUUGGAACAAAAUGGACGAUAACAAGAACGCCGCCAUCGAGGAUUUCAACCUAGACAUUCAGCGCAAUACAUUGGCAGCAGUAGUGGGACCUGUUGGGGCAGGGAAGUCGACGCUGUUGAAUGUGCUCCUGGGUGAAGUGUCUUUGAAUCAGGGCUCAGUGAAUGUAGACGGAAAAAUCAGCUAUGCUUCUCAGGAGCCUUGGGUUUUCGAAGGAACCAUUCGUGACAACAUAAUAUUCAUCGAAAACUACAACGAACGACGCUAUCACAAAGUCUUGAGGGUCUGCGCUUUGGAGCGGGAUCUGGAAAUCCUGCCAUAUGGCGAUCUGACCGUUGUUGGUGAAAGAGGAGUCAGUCUCAGUGGUGGUCAGAAGGCUCGUAUAAAUCUAGCGAGAGCAAUCUACCGCAAAGCCGAUAUAUACCUCCUGGAUGAUCCUCUAUCCGCCGUCGAUACACAUGUGGGAAAGCACAUUUUCGAGAAUUGCAUCAGGGACUUCCUUUCGGGUAAAAUUCGCAUCUUGGUUACUCAUCAAAUUCAGUACCUCUUUGAUGUCGAGAAACUGAUUUUGAUGGGUGCUGGUCGCAUUGUUGCCCAAGGAAGCUUCCAAGAACUGCAGCAGUCGAAACAGUUCGACUUUUUAUCCCAUAGCACUAAUCAUGAUGAUGGAGGAGAUACAAUCAGUGUUCACAGCAAAAUCUCAAAGAGUGACAGUGAGAAGAGUCUGGAGCAUUUGCACCAACAGAUGCCCACAGUAGACUUGGCCGACGACAAUAAAGAAGUUCAAAUGGUGGGCUCGGUUAAGUUCAGUGUCUAUGCGUCGUACUUCAAGGCUUUGGAGAGUACAGUCGCUCUAUCUUUCAUACUUGGACUAUUUGUGUUGUCUCGAGUUAUGUUGACUGGAGUUGAUUAUUUCAUCUCAAGAUGGGUCAUUUGGGAGGAAAAUGUGGCCUUAACUCGACAGGAUAUGAUCGCUCAUCUAAACGAAACAACUUUAAGUCAAAAUAUAACAUUAAUCGAAGAGGAUUUAAUUAAAUCCACGGACGAGGAUAGUCGUAGAACAAAUAUUGUGAUAUUUUAUUCUGUGCUCUUGGCAACAACAGUUUUGGUCUUUCUUGUUAGAACUUUUGGUUUCUUUAAAAUGUGCCUUAGAAUUUCAUUGAAAUUACACGAUCGGCUAUUUCGUGGUAUAACUCGAGCGAGUAUGUAUUUCUUCAAUAAGAACUCAUCGGGAAGGAUUUUGAAUCGUUUUUCAAAGGAUAUCCGAACCGUCGAUGGAGAUUUACCUCAUACGCUUAUUGAUUGUUUAUAUUUUGCCAUGGAUGUAUCUGGAGUUCUCAUCAUUGUGGCUAUAGCAAAUUACUGGCUUCUAGUUCCUGCCUUCGCCGUUGUGACUUUAUUGUAUCUAGUUCGAUAUUUAUACGUGAAUACCAGCCGAAGUGUUAAGCGAAUUGAAUCAAUUUCUCGAAGUCCUAUUUAUUCACUAACAAACCAAACAUUCCAAGGUCUUACUACCAUUCGAGCUUUGGAAGCCCAAAAAGAACUCGAAAGUGAAUUUCAUGCUUAUCAAAAUGCAAACACUUCGUCUUGGUUCCUCUUUCUAGCCUGUACUCGUGCCUUUGCCUUAUGGUCUGAUUGCAUCUGUUUUGUAUACAUCACUGCCGUAACUUAUAGCUUCUUGGUGCUGAGUCAAGAUUUCGAUAGUGGAGAUGUGGGAUUGGCUAUAAUGCAAUCGAUUAGUAUGGUUGGAAUGUGUCAAUGGGGAAUGCGUCAGACUGCCGAGCUGGAAAAUCAAAUGACCAGUGUUGAGAGAAUAAUCGAGUACACUGAAACUGCUCCAGAACCUCCAUUGGAAACCCCAGAGAAAUUCAAACCACCUGUAGACUGGCCUAGUAAGGGAAAGAUUGAGUUUAAUGACUUUAAGUUGCGUUAUUCAGAAGGAGAGCCGGUAGUUUUGAAGGACCUUAAUUUCAUUAUUGAACCGAGGGAGAAAAUUGGUAUUGUGGGUCGAACUGGUGCUGGAAAAUCAUCAAUCAUUCAAUCGGUGUUUCGAUUGGCGUGUAAUGAAGGUUCCAUCUCAAUCGAUGGAAUUAACAUUGAAACUCUGGGGCUUCACGAUUUGCGAAGUCGAAUUUCGAUCAUUCCACAAGAUCCUGUUCUGUUCUCAGGAACGCUGCGGUAUAAUUUAGAUCCUUUCGAAUCAAAGGGUGAUGCUGAGAUGUGGAAGGCAUUGGAAGAUGUAGAACUGCGCUCAUAUGUUUCGACAUUAAUUGGUGGUCUUAACUGUCGUCUCUACGAUGGUGGCUCCAACUUUAGCAUGGGUCAGAGACAGCUUGUCUGUCUGGCUAGGGCUAUCCUGAGAAAUAAUAAAAUUCUUAUCCUUGAUGAGGCCACAGCUAAUGUUGAUCCUGAGACGGAUAAGUUAAUUCAAAGAACAAUUCGAACGAAAUUCGCCGAUUGCACUGUUCUAACCAUUGCCCAUCGAUUGCACACGGUCAUGGAUAGUGAUCGAGUUAUUGUUAUGGAUGCCGGUCAAGUUGUGGAACUAGCUCAUCCACAUGAUCUUCUUCAGAUAUCAGGAGGUUAUCUGCGACAGCUAGUCGAUCAAACAGGCUACACAACUGCCUCUAUACUUAAAGAAACUGCUCACAAAAACUAUAAAGACAAAUAUAGUAAAGCGUUAGAAAGUAAAAGUGAAUAAAAUAGAUAAACUAAUAACUGUGGUAAUAAAAUUUCUACUUAAAACAAUUUUGUUAUUAUAAAAUUAUAUUCGUAUGUACUUAGUUUUAUUAGUCGCUAGCAGUAUUAAUCUGUUCUAAUAUUGUGUCGAAAUUUUCAUUAAUUUGUUUUCUUUUUUUUAAAUCAAUUAUUUUUAUUUACAACUCUUUAUUUGAAUUAAGUUUAAAUUUUUCAUUUAAUUUAUUGUACUUAAGCUGUAAUUAUAUAAACAAAAGAAGGAAAAAAACAAAAAAGUCAAUAUAGCAAUAUAUAUUUUUCUACUGCACUAAAAAAGUAUAUUUUG